AUCACUUUGGGUCUGGAAGGGCAAGCGGGGGAAUCAAAAAAAAAAAAAGGAUGCAGCUCGUCUUUGCCGCCACCUUUGCACUCUUUGUGCUCUCCUGCGUGUUGGACGAGGCCGACACGUCAGCCUAUGACAAAAUAGUCGCGCACAGUCGCAUCCGUGCAAGGAAAGAGGGGCCCAAUGUGUGCGCUCUGCAGCAAGUCAUGGGGACCAAGAAGAAGUACUUCAGCACUUGUCGGAACUGGUACCAGGGGUCCAUCUGCGGAAAGAAAGCGAUGGUACUGUACGAGUGCUGCCCAGGCUACAUGAAGCUGGAUGGCAUGCGUGGUUGCCCUGCAGUGGCCCCAAUUGACCAUGUGUACGGCACGCUGGGCUUGGUGAAGGCCUCUUCCACCCAGAGAUACUCCGAAAUCUCCAAGCUAAGGGGGGAGAUCGAAGGAUCUGGAUCUUUCACCUUCUUUGCGCCGAGCAAUGAUGCCUGGGAGCUUUUGGAUGAGACCGUCCGUAGCGGGCUUGUUAGCAAUGUCAACAUUGAGUUGUACAAUGCUCUGCACUACCACAUGGUCAACAAGCGCCUCCUGACCAAAGACUUACGCAAUGGGAUGACGGUCACCUCCAUGUACAACGACCUCGGCCUCCUCAUCAACCAUUACUCCAAUGGGGUUGUGACCGUCAACUGUGCAAGGAUUAUCCAUGGCAACCAAGUGGCCACCAAUGGGGUUGUGCAUGUGAUUGACCGUGUCAUCAGCACUGUCGGGAACACUAUUCAAGAUGUUAUCGAUAUUGACGAUGACCUGACAACACUGAGUAGUGUUGCUCAGAAAUCUGGUUUGUUGGACAAGCUGGGCCAGCCUGGACAUUUCACUCUUUUCGCUCCCACCAAUGAAGCCUUUGCCAAGAUGGGAGGUGACGUUCUGAAGAGGCUUCAAAGCGACAAGCAGGUCCUCCAAGCUCUUCUGAAUUUUCACCUCCUGGACUCGGUGCAGUGCUCCGAGGCCAUCAUGGCCGGCACCUCUUACGAGACCUUGGAGGGCAAUAAUAUCGAAAUCGGCUGCGAUGGAGAGAGCUUGACGGUCAAUGGCAUUAAAAUGGUGCGCAAGAAGGACAUUGUCACAACCAACGGUGUCAUCCACCUCAUUGACCAAGUGCUCGUUCCCGACUCAGCCAAACAGGUGAUGGAACUGGUGGGAAGUUCUCAGUCUACCUUUGGUGACAUGGUGUCCGAGCUGGGAAUUACUGGCGCCAUGAGACCCGAGGCAGAGUACACUCUCCUGGCCCCUCUCAACACCGCCUUCAAUGAUGAAGUGAUGUCCAUGGACCAGAGACUGCUCAGGAUUAUCCUAGAGAACCACAUCCUGAAGAAAAAGAUAAUCCUGGGUCAGCUGUACAAUGGCCAGAGACUGGAAACUAUCGGAGGCAAACAUCUGCGGGUCUUCAUCUAUCGCACAGCUGUGUGCAUUGAGAAUUCUUGCCUUAUAAGAGGCAGCAAAGAGGGAAGCAACGGAGCGCUCCAUCUCAUGAGGAGCUUCCUUAAACCGGCAGAAAAAACCAUGUACGAGAUCCUGAGCGAAAACGGCGAGUUCAAGAUCUUUUUGACUCUGAUGGAAGAUGCCGGACUGACUGACGUGCUGAGGCAAGAGGGAGACUUCACCUUAUUUGCUCCCACUGACAAGGCUUUUGCUGGUUUGAGAGACAGAGAUUUCCAACUGCUGAAAAGUGAUAUCAAUGCUCUCAGAACCAUCCUUCUGUACCAUAUCAACAACGGCAUCUUCAUCGGCGGGGGUUUGGAGCCCGGAGUGACGAACCUACUCAAGUCCUUGCAGGGCAGCAACCUCAAAGUGAUGUUUGCAAACAACAGCAUGCAAGUGAACUCGGUUCAAAUUCCUGAAUCCGACAUCAUGGCCACGAAUGGCGUGGUCCACACUGUCAACCGGCUCUUGUAUCCCGCAGAUAUCCCCGUCGGAAGCCAGGAUCUCCUUUCGCUACUGAGGAGAAUCAUCACCUACAUACAGCCCAAGUACAUUCCAGGAUUCAGAUACAAGGAAAUCCCCCUCACGUUUCUGAAGAGGAUCAUCACGCGCGUCGUUGAAGUCCCUGACGUGACCAAGGUGACGAGGGUCAUCCAACAGGAGCCUUCCAUCACCAAGGUUACCAGGGUCAUCGAGGCUCAACCGUCGGUCACCCAUGUGACCAGGGUCAUUGAAAGUGACCCCAGCUUCACCAAAGUGACUAAAGUUGUGUCGGGUCCUCAAUACUCAGUCAGCAGUGGCACCGUCAACGUCGGCCUUGACGGGUCUAAUUUGGCAGAAAUUUCCACUAUCGAAACAAAUCCGAAUUUUGACAACGAUCGGCUCGUCAAAAUGAUCAGAGAGGGUGGUUCAAGGAGAACCUCUCCCCGAAGAGUUUUAGCUGGCAGGAGGCGAAGAGGAAGGGACUGAGGCAGCGAGACAGCGAACCACGGGUUGAAACUCACGUGCCAACUCAGGGUGGACGCACUUUAAACGUCCAUCAAGAUCGAAGCUGUUCUCGUAAAAAAAACUAACGGUACCUUGAAUGCAUAUUCAGUUUAAGAGUGUUUUGGUUGAGCAAAUGUACAUAAAAAGAACAAUUUGGAGUGACUAUAAAUACAAGACAUCAGGGGUAGCUAUUAAACUUUUUUGGGGGGGAUUCUACACUUUUUUCUAUUGCUAUGCAAGAGCUAAAGCCAUAAAACGUAAGUAAAAUAUUUUGUAAAUCCAAGCAUGGUAAAGAAGUAGUAAAAUGUCUUAUCUUGUCUGGCUUCUUUAUUGUUAAAAGUCUCUCACUUCCAUCCAUGUAUCCAUAUAAAGUUUUCCUGCUUUCUUUUCCCCCCCAAACAUUUUCCAAUAAA